AUGCAAACGAAUGAUUCAUGCUCUGGGGUGCGGAGACAGAACAAUCUCAGUCACGGCAGCCUUUCAACGGCGUCUUUCCGUAGCGACGAACACACCGAGGGAUCUAAUUGGGCUGCCGAUGGAGUGCCAGACUCCGCGAGAGCGGAGGAAGCGUUCCCUCGGCCCACUCGCGAAGACGACGCGUGCGUGGAGAUGAGCGUGGACGAGCCAGAGUUGGGGGCGCGCGCGGCGCCCGUGCUGCACGACAGGAUCGCCUCGCACGUGCAACACGGGCGCUCGCUGACUCGCGGAGGUCGGCGCGGGGGCGCGAGCAGGAGCACGAGCUGGCACUGCGGCGGUCCUGACGAUAUCGUCACGUUCCCAGCUGCUCCGCGACCUCCGGGAACAGAAUCCCUGAGAGUUGUGACCCACGGCUCCAAACUCUGGGACGCGAAGCAGCGAAGUCAGAGCCUUGACUCCCGGAGACGGAAAGAGAGCAGUUUCCUGCCCCCCGAUGCGUGGAUAGACUCUCUCAGCCAAGAGAACUGCUCCGAUGCGUCGACACGUCAUCCGGUCACUCUGUUCUGGAAUCCCAAGAGCACGAUGACCAGGAAGAUCUCCAAAUCUCCUUCUGCUACCCAAGCUGCCUCCCGGUCACCUCCUGCUGCGGAUGCUUUACCUCUAAGGAGCAGACCGGAGAGGACCGUACCAAAAGCUGACGUGCCUUGCCACUGGGAGCCGAGAAGAGAGGCGCCCGUCAUUCCCAAUGCCGCCAAAUGGCCAGUCGACUACCGGGAGGCCAUGAAAAAGGCGGAAGAUUCCUUGGAGGCCAUGAUGGAAGCGUCCAGAUGCUUACCGCCCGACCACCACUACCAAGAGACAGGAGAGGUGGAGGCGGGGGGCUACGAGGCGCCGGAGUCCGGGAGCAGCUACAGCAGUUAUGCCAGCAGCGGGCGAGGCAGCAUGGAGCCCGCCAACGGACGCCUGUCCCUGUGUCACCUUACCCCAACCCUCACUUGCUCACCGGAGACCGUAGACGAGGGCCAGGGGAGCACAGAGGACAAGGAUAUUCACCCCAUGGAACCAGGCCAAAGGAGAAAAGCCUCAGUUGAUGAGAACUACGAGUGGGAUGCUGCUGAUUUGUGCUCGCAGCCUGGAGACCAUGACGAGACGCUGACGCCGCCGCCGCCGCUGAAUCCACUGAAGCCCGCGCCGUGCUGCAGCCUACCCAGAAUGCAGCGCUCCACUAAGGCGCGGACAAAUUGCGGUCAGCUCUCACUGCUCCUGGGGCAUCAAAGCAGCUGCUCUGCUGAGCCCGAACCAGACACCGUGCUGUUCUGACGGCCGGCCGGCCUCGGCUCAUCUCACCUGGCGUGUCCUCUCGCUUAUUGAUACAUGGAAACAAAAAAGUCCAUGUGGCAGAAAGCGAAUCAAUCUAAGUCUCCUCUUUCUUUCUUUCUUGUUUUUUAACCGAGAAAAAAACGUUGCUUUUAAGGGGGAGUCCUCUGCUCUCUCUCUCCGCUCUCUUUGAUAAACUUCACUCGGAAAAAUAAUGGUUUUUCAACAAUGCCCAGUCUGGUUAAAAAAGGGACGGAAACACAAAAUCACCUUUAAAAAAAAAUAUAUUUUAAAGGUUCGCUGAGCUUGGUGAGCCAAUCAUCAUCUCGCAGUCUGCAUUUUCUUUUUUUGAGAAGAGUCUUGCCAAUCUGCCGACAUAUCAAAGCUUUUCGCCGCGCUGACGGCUUCACCGCGUUCUCUUGCGUGUGGUUUGAUAAUAUGCAUUCAUCAUCCAGGGAUGACUCAGCGGCCGCACAAGAGUGGGAAAAAAACACACAAAAAACCGAUCUCAGUGCUCAUCAAGCGACAGGUUUUGGGCCGAGGAUGAGUACGUUUUUUUAUUUUUAUGUCAUUCAUCAUCGUUUGAGUUCAACAAGCUGCGAUUGAUGAAAAUGCCAAUGAAUAAGAAAGAUAAAUAUAAUAUAUAUAAACUGUAUAGAAGAGUUCCUGUUUUGCCGUGAGUGUAAAACUGUUCCUAAAAGAUUCUCCCGACAGGGAUCAUUAUCGGCUUCUCUCGCUCUUGAAUCACUGUGAAUGUGUGUUAUCUAACAAUCGCCUCAAUGUGGCUAAAAGCUUUAGUUUCCUUCCAGAACUCUAAUUUGCUAAUUAAAGAGGGUCAAGUCGACAUGUAGGGUUUGCCCGUUUUUUUUUUUCAUGGACACAAAGGGAAAUUGGCUUUUCUUUUUUUUCUCUUUUGACUUUAAUUUCCCAAGGAUCAAUUCACUCAACGACUCCCCUGCAGCAGCGGCUGUGUACUCGCACAGUUGUGAACACUUUAAGUGGCACCAGUGAAGUGGUUAAAUGCCUUGUUUGAGGGCAGGUCGACAACAGCUACUGCGGCGACUUCUACGGAGUAAUACUAUCAUAUUACCAAGUGCUGAUGCGGUAAUUAUGGAGAUAAAUUGUCUAAACAAAAUGAACACAAUUAUAUUUAAGUGCACAUCAGCCAAGUUUCAGACCCAAAUUAACUAAUUUCAGUGGAAACCAUAUGUUCAGUGGAUUCACUCCAAUAUAUCCAAUUUGCUGGUUAAUAACCGGGAAGUGUUGCCAACUCCUGUCGAUGGAAAGAAGCCGGGUUGAAAAGUGGCCAGAUGUUGAUGGAUGGCUUCAUGCACGGACCUUUUUUUGUUUAGAAACAGGAUUCAUGAGAGUCAAACGAAGAAAUCAGAGUAUGCAACAGGUCGGCCGUGGCAAGAUUCCACAGGAAGCUCCGUCUCUUCCUUUUGCAACACCACAGGGGAAAAAAAGAAAAGAUGCAUUUUAAUACAAAUGCGGUGUGUGUCUUGGUGAGAAAAAAAAGAAAUAAAAGCCUUUAAAACUAAAUUUUUUGGGCCACUUUCUGGUGUCACGAGGCACACUGGUCUGUAUAUUGAUUUUUAGAAAUGUUACGGACUAAAUCCAUUGAUCUCGCCAAGCCCGACUUCCCCAUGUAGAUUAGGAUUAUUCCCGCCAGAGAUGAAACCGCCGACUUUCCCCGACCCGAAAGCGGCCACCGCCGACCGUAGACCUGCUGAGGGAAACAUGCUGCUGCUUCAUGCUCCUUGCUACAUGAACAAUGGAAGAGAAAGGGGGGAAUUGGGUUUCGGCUCGCUGCUCUAGCUCAAGGCCCUCACAUUAGUCAACCAAAUAAUUAACUCAGAGCUCCACAGCGUACCGGGGUAUCAUUCCUAUAAUUGAAAUUCACUCAUAGAGGCUACAUUUACUGCAAAUCAAUGUUUCACUUCUGGAGGACAUUUUCAUUUUCUCGUGUACACAUAUUGUACCUCAGGUUCGUGAAUGAUCAAACCCCCAUGCGCAGUCAGCAAGUUUAUUUUUUCACUUUUUUUAAUACUCUCUCUCUCUCUCUCUAUAUAUAUAUACAUUUAAUUUCAAGAAAUACUUCUGCUCUGUUUUUUUCUUUCAUGGGCCAACACAUGGAAACAGAGGGAACUACUGCAUGCUGUCAUGAAACCGUCAUGACAAAAAUGUACACGCACACACUCUCCCGGCUGUAUAUCAACACGAUGUAUUCCAGAGUACUAAUACAUCAGAAUCCUGGUCAAACACCAGCGAGGGCUCAUAAACCUGAUUGUUAUACUGCUUCCUUUUUUCAGUUAUUGUGUGUACUUAGGGGGAUUAGCUUUAAAGCAAGCACUCUUUUAUUAUUGCCAUUAAAUAGCAGGUGAAAUAUCUGCGAGGAAGUGACUCUCGAAGCAUGAACGCGAUCAAGGAGAAUAAAUGUCAUAUACAAAAUGAGUGAGUGAAACCAUAUGGCGCUCCUGUUAGUUUCCUCAAUAAUUAUUACCGAGCUGAGUUUUUAUGUGAGUGAACGUCAACGGACUGAAAUACUUUCCCAGUCUGGGUUCUCUUUAAAAAAAAUCAAUAUCGCUAAUCGCUCCCAACACAUCUAAAAGUAUUCUUAUCUGCAGCAGGAAGAGGAUGUCGGCCAAAGUGAAAUGCAAAUAAGCUGCUGAUUAUCAUGAUUAUUAGUCCUUCUAAGUGGCAUAAAAAAACCACAACAACACCUGUGAAAGAUCAGAAAACUUAAGCUGCAAAUGGUGCUGCUGAAAAAGAAACAUCAAAGACGGGCAUUGAUCCAACAACCAGCCGAGUGGCAUGGCGUCCGGAUUCAAAGGCUCCUUCACCCUGAUUAGAGUUUGUGAUCAGAACAUUUUCACACACUAACUAAAACUUCUGUAACUUUUGGCAAAAAAUAGUGUCUUCACAUAAAAGCCGUUUCACAACAGGGAAAGGUUUUCGUCUAGAACAUUACGAAAUAUGCGAUUGUACAAGCAACUGAUUGAGUUGGUUCUUAUGAUUAUUAUGAAAAUGCAGUAGUCGCAUGCUGUAUCACAUGCAAUAGUACCAUGCGGUAUCAGGAGCAAUAGUACCAUGCGGUAUCAGGGGCAAUAGUACCAUGCGGUACCACAUACAUUAGUCACAUAAGUUAUCACAUGCAAUACUACCAUGCGGUACCACAUACAUUAGUCGCAUGCUGCAGCACAGGCAAUAGUCACAUGCAGUAUAACGUGCAAUAGUACCAUGCGGUAUCAGGGGCAAUAAUACCAGGCAAUAUCACAGACAUUAGUUGCAUGCUGCAUCACAUGCAAUAGUCACAUGCAGUAUAACGUGCAAUAGUACCAUGCGUUAUAACAGGGCAAUAGUCACAUGCAUUAUAACAUGCAAUAGUACCAUGCGGUAUCAGGAGCAAUAGUACCAUGCGGUAUCAGGGGCAAUAGUACCAUGCGGUAUCACUUGCAAAAGUACCAUGCGAUAUCACAGACAUUAAUUGCAUGCUGCAUCACAUGCAAUAGUGUCAGGCAAUAGUCGCAUGCGGUAUCACUUGCAAUAGUACCAUGCAGUAUCACAGGGCAAUAGUACCAUGCGGUAUAAUGUGCAAUAGUACCAUGCGGUAUCACAUGCAGUAUCACAGGCAAUGGUUGCAUGCUGCAUCACAGGCAAUAGUGACAGACAAUAGUCGUAUGGGAUAUCAUGGGCAAUAGUCGCAUGUGAUGUAACGGGCAAUAGUCGCAUGUGAUAUCAUGGGCAAUAGUCACAUGUGAUAUCAUGGGCAAUAGUCACAUGUGAUAUAACGGGCUAUAGUCGCAUGUGAUAUAACGGGCAAUAGUCGCAUGUGAUAUAACGGGCUAUAGUCGCAUGUGAUAUAACGGGCUAUAGUCACAUGUGAUAUAACGUGCAAUAGUCGCAUGUGAUAUAACGUGCAAUAGUCGCAUGUGAUAUAACGGGCAAUAGUCGCAUGUGAUAUAAUGGGCAAUAGUCGCAUGUGAUAUAACAGGCCAUAGUAGCAUGGGAUAUCAUGGGCAAUAGUCGCAUGUGAUAUAACAGCAAUAGUCGCAUGUGAUAUAACGUGCAAUAGUCGCAUGUGGUAUCACGGGCAAUAGUCACAUGCAGAUAUUCUGUAUUCUUGCUGGACAUUUAUGUAACGAACUGGCAGGAAACAAAUCUGAGACCGAAUCGCUACCCGUAAGAAGCUGAUUGAGGUUUUAUGGAUCGCCACACAUCAAUAUGAUAUUAUUACGAGGGAUUUUCCCAUCAGAAUGCACAUUGAGUCUAAAUACUGCUUUUGAUAGGCAAUACUUCUGUUAAAAUUCAAAUAGUUUCUUUAUUAUAAUAAGCCGACAAAUAAUGAUCUCAUUCUAUCGUUUAUGGUUCUGUCCUUUUGGAUUAUAUUAAACUACUUAUGUACAAAGGGAAUGCUCAAGAGUCUGACUUGAAUCAAUACGUUAUUUGCCAAAAUGGACUCAUUAUAGGGAGUAGGAAUUAUUAAAGUUCCUACUUUAUUAAAUUCAUCAGAUCAAUAGAUAACGAUUGCAAACCGUCGCUGCUCAUCAGAGCCUCUGAAAUAGUUUAAUCACUGCUCAAAGUUUCACACGGGGUAAACCAGAGAGACUCAGAUAUACAGCCGGAUGCUGACCCUUUGCCACCUUUGAGUGGGCAGCUGACUUCAUUGACUGAUACACACACUCGUCUCAACCAGCCUCCAAUUAAACUAAUUGUAUUGUAACAGCAGACUGGCCAAGCUCUCGAAAAAAAUGAUCAGAGGUAAAGUCACAGCCAUCUUUUUUUUGUAAUCCUCUGCAAUAUUUUUCCGACGAUUAUUUCUUUUUUUAAAAUAUCCCUUCAACAUCAGAGAUUACGGGGGCUGGGACAAACACAUAUUUCAUGUCGGUGGCGGCGGCGUAGAGUUUAUUUUCUUCCUGAGAGCAAACAAAGGACGCAGUAAUGAGCCCGUGCGAACAGCUCAUUACAAAAGGCGAAACACUCGUGACAUUCUAACGACAGAACAGCAACCCACCCCGACGGGGUAACGUUUUAAAAGUUAUCCACGUGUACACGCAGGGAGUUUUAUCAGCUGACAUUCAGGCUUUGUUUUCAGCUCAAUCUGUAGCUGUCGAACCACGAAGUGACUGGGUUGGUUUGCUAUUUUUCAGUGAGGAUGUUUACUUCAUCCUUUGAUUGUUUUUCUUUCUUUUUUUCUUUCACGCUCUAAAGAAGAAGUGAAUUAUUGACAGCUGGAUAACGGCUAUGCAUAAGAGGUGGAUGGAGGCACGGCGCUAUAUGUGGUUUUGCGAUCACGUGUUCGCUGACCCUCAACGCCAUUGUUUCAAUUCAAUUCAAUUCAGUUUAUUUUGUAUAGCCAAAUAUCACAUAUAACAAAUUUGCCUGAGAGGGCUUUACAAUCUGUACACAUACGACACCCCUGACCUUUGACCUCACAUCGGAUCAGGAUAAACUCCCAGAAAAUAGAAAAAAAACCUUUCACGGGGGGGAAAAAAGGAAGAAACCUUGAGGAGAGCAACAGAGGAGGAUCCCUCUCCAGGAUGGACAGAAUAAUAGAUGUCAUGUGACCAGAAUGAAGCAGUACAGAGUUGAAACACAUUCAAUGAAUAUGACAGAUUGAUUUCAAGUGCCGUUUGGUUUGCGGUCGCUCUCAGUUGGUGUUAACUUCCAAUUAUGCCAAAUGGCAACAGUUAAAGCCUGGAUCUGUACGAUUUCAGUCCUGGGUUGCUGUAGCAGCAAUGUGUGCGACUGAUGUCUGUUUACAGUGCAGCCAAACAAACACAAGGCCUUUUUUAUCAACGACAUCUGCAGAUCUGCUGUUGAAAAAGGCUGUUGCAGGGUUUUGGAGAUGGAUUUUUGAAUGACAGAACAAAACACUGCGUUACCUGUGACUAGCGAAUAACAAAAAGCGGUGAGACGCAGCCGCGGCAGGAAAUGUUGGGUUCAUGUAUAGCUGGUGAGAGAAUCGAUAACCAUAACUGCACAAAAGUGUGAUUCAAGAGGUGCUGGAUUUGUUUACACAAUAAAAUCACGUGUAUAAUUACAAUAAUGUUUUUAAAAUGUGAUGGUUACCCAGGCGGCAACCUUUGGUUCUGCGGAGUGAAGACUUAACACUUGCAUUCUCUCUACUGGCCAGCAGGGGGCGACUCAUUCGGCUGCUCAAAUCAAUCCGAUUGUUUGGAACUCUAUAAGAAAAUGACUACUUGUCUCGCGAUUUAUCGCCUUAGUAAAAAUGUAUUACAUGAGUUUAUGGUCUCAAUUGAUAGUCUCAAGUCUUCUUCAAUACAGCGUGAUAUGCGUAUACAUUUCGUAAAUUAUGGUCCAUUUAGAGUCAAAUACACUGAAAAGCAGGGGAUGGUUUCGGGCGGGCUGACUGUGAUUAACAGGUCGCUGCCACUAUCAGAGGUGUAUACGCCGUCUUUGCAAGACACAAAUCCAAGAUGGCGACAAUUAAUUCGCCCAACUUGAGACUUCCAAAUGACAACAUCCACUAAUUAAAUGUUAUCUAUGCUGUUAAUACUUGUAGAACGAAAGAAAACCUAACCCUGAAACAUCACAAAGAGCAUCAAAAAAGUGAUUUGACUCCAUGAAGAUCUGAAGGAUUAUUACUUUAUGACUCGUGUCUCCUAAAACGUACCGCUGUUCCAUUAUCUUAAAGCUGCAGCUGGUAACUUUCAUGAAAAAUAACUUCUAUUAUAUUUGCUCCAACUGUCACUCUAUCCUGACAGAGACAUAUAAUUCCUUUGAAAGAUUCCAAAAUAAUUCUCCAGCGCAGCUGUCAAUCACUGCCGGCUCGGUGAACUCCGAUAACACUCUCAAACUCGGAGGUGUUGAUUCCUAUUUUCUCGGCUCGAACUUUUUCAGAAACAUAUUUUAGCAAACUGUUUCGCUGUGACAUGAUAAAAGCUUCCGACCCGGCCGCCAUGUUGGAAACCGUCGAGCCCCCCCCCCCCUCGAAAAUAAAAUAAAAAGGGCCCCGCCUACCAGCCCGGAGCAAUACUCCUUUUGUGUUUGUCGGCUAACGAAACAAGGAAAGUGACCACGUUGUGGGACGCAUGGGACCAGACUUGAGGGAUCACUUCAACAAAGACAUUGUACAAGAUCAGAUGUCAUUUUCACAAUGUGUUUCCCCCCCGCUGUGACGCAGGCGUUUUUGUUUCAUACGACCUUGAGCAGGUGAUUAUUUUCUUGUUAAUCCAUCAUCGAGUGGACUAUAAAGCUGGUAUUCCAUUUGGCCCGGCAGAAAGAACGAGGAUGGCAAUUAGCGUUCAUUGUCGAGGAUAAGCCGCGACUAUUAUCUCCCGCCAAGUUAUAAAAUGAGCGCGAUUAUCAUCAAUUUCCACGUAGUAAUAUCGGCGGUCGUGAACAAUUUAAAGAUUGAAACCUAAAUGGAGUUUUUUUUCUUUUCAAUCAGUCUAUCUGCGCAUGCAGCAUUCAGCCGGGGAGGCGAAGAAUUUCACAACAUGUCAGCGAAGUUAAUUACUUCACCGAAUGCCUCCCAGUAGAGUGUGGCAUAAUAGCAUCGGGGGAGAGAAUGACUUUUCUUCUGUUGUAUUGGCUUUAUAGCACAGCGGAAUCUCUCUUAACCCCUAUUUCACUUUAAUUAGACAUUUACCCGAGAGACUUACUUUUUGAAGAAAAAAAACAUCUGUGUUCUUGUUAUCCCAAGGGCAAUAAGCUACCAGUAAGUGGUUCUUAUUCUCAUUGAUUGCGAGGCGUGUUCAUCCAGAAUUGAUGACCUUAUUAUAAUGGCUGUUUUUUUUACUGUGUCCUUGAUAAUGCACCUUCGCAGAAAUCCUAAUUGAGCCCCAUUUCUCACGUUGCUCGUUGGCAUUGUGAUCGAUGUCAAACUGUCAUCUCCUGACGCAACCGCAGGGCUUACAUGUAUACGUUUAUAUUAAUAAAACAUUGGGGAAAUGUACAGAUUUAUAUUGUAAAAAUUAAGCAUAUAUUGUACGUGUACUGUGAUUACGGUUACAGUAAUGUUUACAACAGAAGGAAACUAAAGAGCUCUUCAAGAUGGAGAAAUAUGUGAAAACACGUUUGUUAUUCAGGCAAGUUUUCAUAUUCGGGACUAUUUUGUUUAUGUAUAUGAUUCUGAUUUUUUAAAAACAUUUGCUUACUUUUUAAGUUAUAUUUGUAAUGUCACAUUAUAGCAGAUAUUGCAUAUAGUUCAUGUUUUGUGUAUUUGUGUUUCAUGUAGAAAGCCUAACUUGCAGAGGGGUUACAUGGUUUUAAAUAUCUAUGCGACAUUGUAACUCAUUUUAAGAAUUCAUGUACGGUGAAAUAAUCUUGUAAAUCUUUUGGUCCCUCGCUGCCUCUUCUAACCACUUAUCUAUUUUUCCUACGCAAAUCAUAAAUGAGCAUGGCAGCAAUGUAUGCGGUGCAUAUCUGUAUCAAUAAAGAACCACAAAGCA